AAUAGCACUGAGAGACAGCGCUGCCCUGAGAGACAGCAAAGCCCUGAGAGACAGUGGGAGAUCUCAGCAUUACAGCCGACCCUGUGCCUGAUAUCUUCUUCAGCCUGUUCUUCAGCCCAUACUCUGAAUCUGUUCCCUGGCACUUUGCCCCAGCUGCUCUGUAGCAUGAGUUGGUGGAUGCCUGUGAGUUACAUCAGCCUUCUGUGUCUGCACCAGCUGCCCGCUGUACCCCUUCUGGCAAUGCACCCUACAGCAAGGAACAUGGAGGUACGGAAGGAGCUUACGGACUUGCCCGAGCAGAACCUGCCUCUUUCAAACCCAGCUACGGCCAAGCAGAUGACUAAUGUCCAGCCCCUGAGGAGGAAGCGAAGGCGCACUCACCACUCCCAUGGUCCCAGGCUGAUGCGUGUGGGUUGUUCUCUAGGAACUUGCCAGGUUCAGAACCUCAGCUACAGACUCUAUCAGCUGAUGAGACAAUCAGGGAAGAAGGAUUCCCCAGCCCACCUCAGCAGCCCCCAGGGAUAUGGCUGAGACCAGAGACCUGAUGUGACCUUUGCAGUAAUUAGAUCAUUCUAGGCCAGAACAAAAUGAUUUAUCUCCCACAAGAGCACAGCUGGUCUGAGAUAUUUAUUUUCCAUCAAACCUUUCUCCAGCAGUAACCUCCAGAUCCCUGUAAUCUGGUGCCCACUGUACCUUCAGCUAUCUGCCCCCUACACUAGAGAUCUCUGUAAUAAGCUGGCCAUCAUACCUUCAGCUAUCUGCCCCCUACACUAGAGAUCCCUGUAAUCUGGUGCCUACCAUACCUUCAGCUAUCUGCCCCCUACACUAGAGAUCCCUGUAAUCUGGUGCCCACCAUACCUUCAGCUAUCUGCCCCCUACACUAGAGAUCCCUGUAAUCUGGUGCCUACCAUACCUUCAGCUAUCUGCCCCCUACACUAGAGAUCCCUGUAAUCUGGUGCCCACCAUACCUUCAGCUAUCUGCCCCCUACACUAGAGAUCACUGUAAUCUGGUGCCCACCGUACCUUCAGCUAUCUGCUCCCUACACUAGAGAUCCCUGUAAUCUGGUGCCCACCGUACCUACAGCUAUCUGCUCCCUACACUAGAGAUCCCUGUAAUCGGGUGUCCACUGUACCUUCAGCUAUCUGCCCCCUAUACUAGAGAUCCCUGUAAUCUGGUGCCCACCAUACCUUCAGCUAUCUGCCCCCUUUACUAGAGAUCCCUGUAAUCUGGUGCCCACCAUACCCUCAGCU